CAGCGCAGGAGCGGAGGAUGAACUUGUCGCGUUACCUGUUUAAAGGCGCCGCCGGCCGGGAGCGCUCAGCCUAACCUGCUCCCCGGAUACGUGGACGCUGACACUUUUGUCUUUCUCUCGGAAAGUUGCAAAAAGAGGGUAUUUCACGCGGAGGGAGGAUGACGCACAAGUAGAAGAUCAUUGGGGAAAAGAAGCGGGUAAUCUGAGCGGAUUACAGGGAGGAAUCAGAGCGUGUGUUGUUGGUGAAGAUGCGGAAACAAGAGGAGAAGCGACAACAAUCUGUAUUUUGACCCGUCGGGACACCCAGACGCGCAGGGAGCGCAGCCAGCAUGCCUCGGCUCAGGAGCAGGAUGAAGACAACCCAGUUCGUUGGAGACACUUGCGCCCAAACACCCUGAAGUUUCCUGGACUGCUGUGCUAUGCCUCGGCCGACUUCUGCCACACCAUUCCGCGGGACUGACGGGUUUGGCUGGACCUGAGUCGCCAUGUCAAAAGUCAUUCAGAAGAAGAACCACUGGAUUACCAAAGUGCGCGAGUGCGCGGUUGUGCGGGACGCGUGCGGGGAGCUGAGCGUGGAGCUGCGCGGCGGAGCGGAGAAUGGAGAGUUCCCGCACAUCGGGCCGCUCCGGGAGGAUGCGCUGGAUUAUCAAGAGGGUAAACUGUGCGAGGGUGAGCUGCUGCUGGAGGUGGAGGGGCUGCCGGUGUCUGGAUUACCCCUGUAUGACAUUUUAACUGUGAUGAAGUGCUGCCAAGGUCCCGUCCGAUUCAGGACUGUGCGUCAAGGUAACAAGCUCAACAAGGACCUGAAGCACUACCUGAGCUUGAGGUUUCAAAAGUCUUCGCCCGACCAUGAGCUGCAGAAGACCAUCCGAGCCAAUCUCUAUCGCCAUGCUGUGCCUUGUACAACCCGCCCCCCUCGAGAAGGAGAGGUCCCAGGGGUGGAUUACAACUUCCUGUCUGUGGAGGACUUCCUAGAACUGGAGGAGAGUGGCACACUACUGGAAGUAGGAACGUAUGAAGGUAACUAUUAUGGGACCCCCAAGCCACCAAGGCAGCCCAUCAUUGGGACAGUGAUUCUCAGUGAUGCAGGCUCCCAGCAGUCCACCCCAAAGCGCACCAAGUCCUACAAUGACAUGCAAAACGCCCGAGUAGUGCCGGCUGACGACGACGAUGACGACCAGGCCACGGAAAUGAACAACAGUUUUACAGGUAACCCUAACGAUCAGGACGAGAGCCGCGGCGGCAUCCUCCGGCCGUACCCCGCACGUGACAAUGCUCCAUCCUGUGGUCUGAACAAUGCGGCCACCUCCACUGCAGACAGCGGGCAGCAGACCCUCGCAGAGCCGCAGGUCUCUCCAGAAGAACCGCUGGGGCCGCUGCCUGAGAACUGGGAGAUGGCCUACACCGAGAACGGAGAGCUGUACUUCAUAGACACGGCAAAGACACACCAACCGGACAUGGCUGUGUAUUUUCAGAGCUUCCACAACACAAAGACGACGUCGUGGCUGGAUCCUCGGUGUAGAGACAAAGCCUCCAGGCCUCUGGAAGAGUGUGAAGACGAUGAAGAAGGGAUACAUACGGAGGACCUGGAAGGUGAUCUAGAGCUGCCUCCAGGAUGGGAGAGAAUAGACGACCCAGUGUACGGAGUGUAUUAUGUAGACCACAUAAACAGGAAGACACAGUAUGAGAACCCAGUAGUGGAGACGCGGCGUCGGAAACUCCUCGAGCAGCAGCAGCCGCAGCAGCCGCAGCCGCAGCCUCCAGAAGGUGAGCGGUAUAUUCGAGAAUGGAUUGAGGAACACUCAGCAGCGGUUCCUUUGGCAAACUACGCUCCAAACCACCUGGAGACCUACAGGGACCCACAGGUCCCACCAUCACUACCUCCCGGCCCUUCAGGAGCCAAACGAGGGAAACCUUUCUUCACACGAAACCCAGCUGAGCUGAAAGGAAUCUUCAUCAACACGAAGCUGAGGAAGAGUCGCCGUGGCUUCGGCUUCACUGUGGUCGGAGGUGAUGAGCCAGACGAGUUUCUACAGAUCAAAAGUUUGGUGCUGGACGGGCCUGCUGCUGUGGAUGGCAAGAUGGAGACAGGUGAUGUGAUUGUCAGUGUGAAUGACACCAUCGUGCUGGGAUACACCCACGCUCAGGUGGUGAAGAUCUUCCAAUCCAUACCUAUCGGCUCCAUGGUGGACCUGGCCUUAUGCCGUGGCUACCCGCUACCCUUUGACCCCGAUGACCCCAACACCAGCCUGGUGACCUCAGUGGCAAUCGUGGACAAGGAGCCUAUCAUCGUCAACGGACAGGAGGCGUUUGACUCACAAUCCAACCUGGUUGGACCCGAUAACUGCAUGAGGGAGCUGCGGUCGCACAGCCCCUCGGCUGAGCUGGCAUCUAACGGGUCACACAGCUACUCUAGCGAAGUGCACAACCUGGCGUCGUCCAUAGCCACCCAGCCCGAGCUGAUCACCAUCCAUAUGGAAAAGGGAGACAAAGGAUUUGGCUUCACCAUUGCCGACAGUCUGACGGGCGGAGGACAGAGGGUCAAGCAGAUAGUGGACUAUCCGCGCUGCCGUGGCCUUAAGGAGGGGGACAUUCUGAUGGAGGUCAACAAGAGGAAUGUCCAAAAUAUGAGCCACAACCAGGUGGUGGACCUGCUGAGCAAAUGUCCCAGAGGCAGCGAGGUCACCAUGCUGGUGCAAAGAGGAGUGGUGCCAGCCAAGAGGAGUCCAAAGCUGGUGCACCAGUUAGAGAGGAAAGACAGCCAGAGCAGCUCCCAGCACAGUGUGUGCAGCCAUCGCAGCACCCACACCGAUUCCCCAAGCCACCCACCCUCUGCCAUGCCGAGCGAGUCCGUGGGUCCCACUCCUGCUGCCCCCACCCAGCCUCUGCCAGGCCUGCCCCCUCUGGACCCCACAGAUGGCACCCUCACCCUGCAGAAGAAGCCAGACCCCUUUAAGAUCUGGGCGCAGUCCAGGAGCAUGUAUGAGAGCCGACUGCCCGAUUGCCAGGAGCAGGACAUUUUCCUUUGGCGGAAGGAUACAGGCUUUGGCUUUCGCAUCCUGGGAGGAAAUGAGCCCGGGGAGCCUAUCUACAUAGGGCACAUCGUGAAGUACGGGGCUGCAGAUGAAGACGGGCGGCUGCGGUCGGGUGAUGAGCUCAUCUGUGUGGACGGCACGGCGGUGGUGGGCAAGUCUCACCAGCUGGUGGUGCAACUGAUGCAGCAGGCUGCCAAACAGGGCCAUGUCAACCUCACAGUCAGACGCAAGUCCCCUGGAUACGGAGUUUCAAAAGGAGAGGGUGACGUACCUCCAUCACCAGCUUCCUCCCACCACAGCAGCACCCAGGCACCUAGUCUGACGGAGGGCAAGCGGACCCCCCAGGGGAGCCAGAACUCCCUCAACACCGUCAGCUCAGGCAGCGGGUCUACCAGCGGCAUAGGCAGCGGCGGUGGAGGGGGCAGCGGGAGUGCAGUGGUGCCCGCCUCUCUACAGCCGUACGACGUGGAGAUCCAGCGUGGAGAGAACGAGGGCUUUGGUUUCGUCAUUGUGUCGUCUGUUUCCAGGCCUGACGCCGGCACAACGUUUGCUGGAAAUGCUUGUGUGGCCAUGCCUCACAAAAUAGGACGCAUCAUCGAGGGCAGCCCGGCGGACCGCUGCGGGAAGCUGAAAGUCGGGGACCGAAUACUAUCUGUCAACUGCUGCUCCAUCACCAACAAGUCGCACUCGGACAUCGUGAACCUGAUCAAGGAAGCCGGAAACACAGUCUCGCUCAGGAUCAUCCCCGGUGAUGAAUCUUCCAAUGCUUCUCUGCUGACUAAUGCUGAGAAGAUAGCUACCAUCACCACCACACACACACCUCAACAGUCCACAGAGUUACGGAAUAACUCCAAGUCGAAAGGAGCUCCUCCUCCUCCACCCACACAAAAUCAGACACAGGAUGCCGAGUUCUAUUCUGUCGACCUGGAGCGGGACAGCAAAGGGUUCGGCUUCAGCCUGAGAGGCGGACGGGAGUACAGCAUGGACCUGUAUGUGUUGAGACUAGCCGAGGAUGGGGCUGCUGUCAGAAACGGCAAGAUGAGGGUGGGAGAUGAGAUCCUGGAGAUAAACGGUGAGAGCACAAAGAACAUGAAGCAUUCACGUGCCAUUGAACUGAUCAAGAACGGGGGUCGGAGGGCGCGGCUAGUCCUCAAGCGGGGAGAUGGAUCUGUACCUGAAUAUGACGGCAGCAGUGACGGGCACCCUCCCUCACCCGGGGCACAAAACACUCCGGAAGUGAGAACGCUGCCACCCAACAGCCGAUAUCACACCUCAUUGGAGUCAAGCUUUCCACCAGACCUUCACAAACCAUCACGCCAGGAGGAGGCUGCGCGUGGCCGAAACGGGGACAGGGACAGGAACAGGGAUAGGGCUGGGUCAGAUCAGAUGGACUACCAAGGCCGGGAAUUAAACCCCCACCAUCAUCACACCUGGAAUAACAAUCACAGUCAAAGUACCCCCACACAACAGUCUCCAGACAACAGUAACAGCAGUAGAAGUGGCAACAAAAAGAGCAGAGGCCGCAAAGUCAAAAAGUCAGAGUCGGAGAGCGGCAUCUCUAAACUCCUUAAGACUCUGAGGAAAGACAGCUCGGGGAAGAAGGCUGCAGCUGCCGAGAAACUGAGGGGGCGUGAGCUCUCAAGCAGCAGUUCUACUUUGGAUGGGAGGCUUCGCAUGCAGCGCCGCGGCUCCCUUGACCGCUCACAAACCCAAAAGCUCAACUCGUCUCCCGAUCGCCGGCGGGCCAAGUCGAUGGACCGCAGGGCCGAGCGAGCACAUCGGGAUCGUACACCUGAGAGGGAUAACGAUGACGGAGGGUUCCUCGCAGUCACUCCUGAACGCAAGUUAUAUGAGCGGAGGCUCCUCAAGGACUCACAAAUGGCUGGGCGAGUCAGGGAAGCCACAACACCCGAGCGCACCAACAACUACGGGGAUUCCUUGUCUCUGUCCAGGGGUCGCACAAACGAAAGAACCACGAAGAACGGGAACCUCUUGAGGGACUCUUCCUCUGAAAGGGCGGAGGAGACAUGUCUAUUGAACGGGACACCAGAGAGACGAUACCGGAUGGAGCGGGACUCUUCCCCUGACAGCACCUACAGCAGGGAUGAACUGAACUAUGCAGCAGCCCCAAGACUGAAGGACUACUACAGCAUGAUGAAGAACAACACUCCAAACAAAAAUGCUGCCUACAACAACACAGGCCAUAACAAUAACGCAGUAGGCCGCAGCCCAAACCAGCUCCCUGAGCCCAAGAGAAGGCUGUACACAGAAAGCUCCAAAGACCUCAGCAUCUAGAGCAGAGAUCCCCCUCGCCACUCUCUCCUCUGUCUGGGCAAACUAUGUACCAUACACUGGAAUUUUACUUCUGAGGAUACUAACUCUUGUGCUUUAUUUCGGUCCACUGAUGUAUUGAUUUAAUUUGAUUGAUUUCACUACUUAUGAUCCCAUCCAGAGAUUCCUAAAACAGCAGGAGUACAAUCCUUCUCUCAGUUCCUACUGGUUGUUUUGUCAUUGUUAUAGUUAUUUUGAACAUAACAGAGGUUGUUGUACUAUGGUAAAGGUAUUGUAUGUGCCUGCAUAUGAAAUCAGUGAUAUUGCUUUUUGUAGGCAUUGCUGAAUCUAAAUAUUUGUUCCCUCAGAGUUAUGAAACAUGCUUCCAGUUGUGGUAACUUCUAACUACUAAACUCGUUUUUAACUUGUUUUGUAGAUAUUUUUUUCCAUUCCUGAAUUACUUUACUGAAAAAACUAUAGCACAAGACACUGAUGGUUCACAAGAACCAUGAAAAUCAGGUUGGACUUGGAGGCAAAUAUGAAAUUGUAAUAUCUGGUGGUGAAACUAGAGUGAUAAUUAUAGAAAUAAUAUAUGACCUUUUGCUCACUAUUUAUUUUUAAUUUGGCAUUUAUCUUGAGCAACCUUCAUUAAACCAUUAAAGGGCCAAGGUAGAAUUAUACACUGUACUUGGGAAAGCAUGCUGUACCUUUUACUUGUGUUGCACCCAUGACAUGUGUGGCAGCUCUGCCUAAAUACACCCACACACAAUUCUGAAAUUAGAAAAGUAAAUCAGACAACUGAUGUGAAAAUGAAUUACUCGCGUUGAGUAGGAUUAUAAAAACAACGCAAAUAUUCUGGUUCUUUGUUCUUUGGUGUUUAAAGAAGGAACCUGACUCACUUUCACCUACAGGCAAAUUUGCUCUGGUAGAUUCUCCAUUGUGGGAAAAUUAGAUAUAUCUAAAUUUGUUGCUCAUCUUACUUUCAAUUAAGUACUUUAGAUGAGUCUGCAUUAUGCCACAACACCAGCCUGAAGCUGCCAUAAAAUAAUAUUAUUCAAAUAUGCCAAAAAAAGAAAAAGAGGUUUAAAACCUCUGCACACAUUUGAUCCAGCCACACAGGUAUUUUCUGAUUAGACCUAUUCUCAGAAACACGUGGGUUUGACUGACAGUUCCACUCUCCUGUUAAUUUUGUAGCACCCUUUUGGGCGGGAUGACUUGUCGGCGUGGUAUGAUAAUUGUUGUUGGUACUUUUUGUGACAUCAUAAAUUUCCACCGUCUUUCAAUGCAUUUUCCACCAGCGAGAGUAGUUGAAAACAACUCUGUGGAUGUGCAGAGGUUUUAAAACAAACCAAUGUGUAAAUUAUCCCUGUGCAAGCUGCAUGUGUAAAUUAAAGUGUAGUUUAACCACUUUAUUUGGUAAGUCUGAGUGAGAAUAAUCGAUAAGGAACAUGCACUGUAAUCCCACAGUAAUUGUUAGCCCUGUCCUCAUGUUGAUGAUUUGUGCACCGACCACCUCCUGGGUCCUGGCACAAAGAGCUGAUGUAUUGUAUGUUGUGUUGGUAACAAAUGGAGAGUCCUGGUGCAGGAGGCGACCAAUCUGCCAUGCUGAGCCAUGCUGUCACGCCACUGGAGUCGAACUGCUGCUUUAUAAUGUGUUUUGUGUGUAUUCUCUGUUUUAUGUUUCAUUAAAGAACUGAAAAUAUAUUGGAUAAACCACAACAAAUGAAUUGUUUGAUCACUGUUGUUGCCAUGGUACUGUAUUUAACAAGAAAAGUCAAAAAAAAAAGGAAAUACAUCAUCAUAACCAUCAACAGUAAAGAAUUUUCCAAUGUAACUAUUAGGAACCCGUAAAUAAAAUAAAAUGUUGCCUUUUUCUUGUACAAAAGAGAAAUUUAUGAAAAACCUCAGCAGUGAGGAAUGUGAUAUUGUGUUUAUAUCUCUGAAAUGGACCUGAUGAUUUAUGGGAAAUGUGUUGAUUUACUCUGGAUCAGGUAUGUAAAGACAUUUUAAAAUGAAAACCUGUCUUUGGUCAAUCAGAAACUGUUUGAUGGUUUGAAUCUCUCUCGAUGGUUAGCCUGCCUUUGUAUUAUAAAGCACUUGUAUGCAGUCUGUGUUCUUCAAGCAUUAUUUCUUGCAAUUAGCUCCAGACAUAAUGCUGUCUCUGUGUUGAUAAAAGCAGUACAUGUUUAUGGGCCAAUUAUUUUUUUUUUUAUAAAACUAUGCAUAUACAGUAUAGAUACUACAUUGUUCAUAGCUUUAUUUGACCCAUGAAGCUAUACAUAACAUUAGUCUAAGUACAAGUAGAUGUGGACUUAUCCAGCUUCUUUCCUUGAGAUGGAUUACAAUGUAUAUGUAGCUAUCAAAAGAAGUCUGUGAAUGCUAUUUUUAUUAUCAAAUAAAGUUUUCCAUACAAAUUCAAAAGGA